ACUACAUUCAAGUCAAUCGUUCCGGUUACGCGAAGUGACGAAAGUGUUGAUAGUGUUCAAUGUUAAUUCGUAAAUAAAUAGCGAUGUCUUUGUUACGAUCUUUGCCUUCGGGGCUGAAAAGUACCUCGAAAUUAAUAUCUCGAAGCGUUCCAGCGGUAUUCUAUCAUCCAAAUGUUAUAGAUCAUUAUGAAAAUCCAAGGAACGUUGGUUCUUUGGAUAAGAGUGAUCCAAAGGUUGGCACAGGAAUUGUAGGAGCACCAGCUUGUGGAGAUGUAAUGAAACUUCAAAUUAAAGUUGAUGAAAAAGGAAAGAUCAUUGAUGCUAAAUUCAAAACUUUUGGUUGUGGCUCGGCUAUUGCUUCAAGCUCCUUGGCCACAGAAUGGGUUAAAGGCAAAACUGUUGAUGAAGCUUUGGCUCUGAAAAAUACUGACAUUGCUAAAGAAUUGUGUUUACCACCUGUCAAGCUGCACUGUUCGAUGCUUGCAGAAGAUGCAAUUAAAGCUGCUUUGUCAGAUUACAGUAUAAAGCAAAAGCAAAAAGAAAAUGCUAACGAGAGCAAAGAUACCAUGAACAAAUAAACAUGAUAUACAUGAUAUGAAUAGUUGGAAAAUUAGUCUUAUAUAAUGUCGUAUUUUCCUAACGGAACAUAAUAGUCAUUAGACAGUUAUUUAAGAAUUCUCGCAAGUUCUAAACUGUGAUUGAAAAUAAUGUUGUACGUUAAAUUUUAUGUAAAAUUCCAAUGUACGAUAGUUUUCUUUUAAAAUAAAUCAUUAUAUUUAAGUAAAAAGCUAUCUCUAUUAAAAAGAUUUAAUUUUACUGCUAUAAUUUUGAUCUUAAAGUAAUUAUAUCUUAUCAUUAGUCAUCGUUUAUAAGUAAACAGAAUAUACAAAAAUUAUAAAUGCUGCGUGUAGUACACAAAACUGUGAAGAAUAUCAAAAGCUAUAAAAAUA